UAAUGGAAAAAGUACGCACCUGAUUGGGUGGAGGCCACUCUUUAGGCUCUUACUAAAGAAGGCAACAAACAACAAGCGACGGAAACCAGCAGCGCUUGCCUGAGCGUCAAGCCACACGUAGCAGACUAAAGGGUACUUACCUAGUCUUUUUUUUUUUUUUCUUCAUCUGAUCCGACUUAAUUUAUAGACCGUUUCAUUGUACAAAAAAGACAUGGCUCAGCAAACCAACCCAAGCGCAGUGCCCAUAAUGUGUGCCACCGGCUGUGGUUUCUAUGGCAACCCCCGCACCAGUGGCAUGUGCUCGGUGUGCUACAAGGAGACCCUGAAUCGACAGAACAGUGGAGGAGUCAGCCCACUCAGCACUAUGGGCUCCAGUGGUUUGUCCAGUAGCCCCUCCCCCUCUGAGGUUUCGGCCAUCCAGCGGCUGGAGGCCACUCUGAGUGGAGCAGUCAGUGGGGUGGACUCAGCCAGUGCAUCAACAGUGGCGGCGGCAGCGGCAGCAGCAGCAGCUGCUCUACCGGUCACACAGCAGAUGACUGAGAUGAGCAUCUCCUGCCAGGAGGAGGCACCAGAUAACGCAGAGCCAGGUCUGUGUUGCUUACUCAGCCUGUGGCCUCACCCACUCCUGCAACAGGAGCCGAGGAGGCAGGAGCACCAGAGCCCCCUAAACCCAAGAAGAGCCGCUGCUUCACCUGCAGGAAGAAGGUUGGCCUCACAGGGUUUGACUGUCGCUGUGGCAACAUCUUCUGUGGCCUGCACCGCUACUCGGACAAACACAACUGCCCCUACGACUACAAGGCCGAGGCGGCCGCCAAGAUCCGCAAGGAGAACCCAGUUGUGGUGGCCGACAAGAUCCAGAGAAUAUAAUGGACCGUAUGGUUCUGCCUCCCCCCGUUCUGUCCUGUGCUGCGGGAUUAUUGACUAAUGGACUCGCGCUCUCCAGCGAUAGAAAGACUUAGUUUUUUCUCUUUUUUUUAAAAUGACAGUAUGUGUCCUCAGCUGGUGCAUGGAGCGAUAUUUCUCCCCAUCCGUUAUCUCAUCCCCUUCUGCCCUGCCCCCGCCUCAGGCCUUCCUCAUGUUUAAGCUUCAUUUUUCUUUUUCAAAAAAGUUUAAAACAUGUUAGCAGACCAGAGCUGUUUUCAGCCCUGCGUUGUGCCUGUUAGUCUGUAGGAGCACCUGAUAGGCUGGUUGGUGUCCCUGUGCUGAUUGUGAUGAGGUCCAUAAUGUGAUUGUCUGUCCAUUUCUGCGUAGGGGGUGGGGCUUGGGCAGCAAUAGCCAGUAAGACCCACUGAAGACCGUUUACUCCCCGUCCUGGCUGUUUGUCAGGACAACCUAAUGUGCAGGCUCAGCUGAAUGGCCUGCAGAGAGAGAGAGAGUGUGUGAGAGAGAUUGAAGUGAGUCAUAGAGAGGAGUGCAUGUAGCAGUGUGUGUGUCUGUGUGUGCGGAUAUGAGAGUAUCCUGAUUGGUGUGAAUGGGCAUGUUCUCACCUGGCAGCAACCUGCAAGCCUGUUUGUUGUACAAUGAUGCCUCCCUUUUAAUUGUUAAUUUAAUUAAGACUUUGAAAACCAUCAAGAUGUUGGCUGAAAUCAGAGUACAUCCAGUACUCUCCUGCAUCUACCAGCAGCCUUCUGGACUAUGAGGGAUGGUCAGUGUGGACUUGAUGCCUCUGAACCGCUGUGUAUGUGUGGAGAGAGAGAGACAGGUUUCACACAUUCAUUUUAGCAUCACCCUCCCGCAUGUGGGAGGUGGAGAGCGGUGAUUGGUCCAUUCUUUGCCGCUGCAUCUAGACUCUGACCUGAGUGUUGAUGUGACCUAGGGUCUGAUGGAGAUCAAGUCCUUUGUUUUGUUUUUCAUUGAUUUGUCUUAUGUGUUGUGAUGGGAGGGGUGAUCUGCAUGGCUUGUGCUAAAAUGUUUGAAUAAGAUGAAUGACAUUGUUGAGGUUGAUAACAUUAGUCCUGUUAUUGUUUUGAUCAAUAUUUCACUUCUGUAAUGAACAUUUUUAUUUUGUUUCUCUUUUUUUUUUUAGUUUGUGAAAUCUUUUGUGGUGUGUGUGUGUGUGUUACGGGUUGCUUGUCAAAUGUGUUAACAGGAUUUGGAAGUUGAAGUGUGUAUCUUCACUUGAGAGUGAAUUUUGUUUGUGAGGUGUGUGCGUGAGCCCAUCAGUGUGAUCGCCGUUUGCGUUUCGUUGCUCUUGACUCCUGGGCAAGUGAGAUUACACGUGAAAAGGCAACUGUCUUUGUCAGUUUUUAGUUUUGCAAGUUUGUACAAACCAUCUUUAUAUUUAUGUAUUGCGCAUAUAAUCUUGUUACUUGACAUUUACUGCUAAAUUGUAUCAUGUAAAUAAAAUGAUGUACAGAGAUAUACGAAA